AUGAAAAAUGACGAUGUCAGCGAGGGCAGCCGGGAGCUUGUCGACCUCAGCGCAGAGGCUGUCAGCUCAUUGGGCAUUCAUCUGGCUCAGAUCGGGCAGAUCAUCUCCAAGUCCCAGCUGCCUCCUAACAGAGGGGAGAAAAGCUCAGCGCACAAGCUGAAGAACUCUCUAGAGAUGUACCAGGGCUACACUGACGAAGUGCAGCGCAGAAGAAUGGAAUUAGAGCAGAAGAUGGCAGAUGACUUCGCCCGGCUGAAAGCCUGGCGCGCACAGUCCGGCACCGAAGGCAAGGGUCUUGUCGAGGAGCUGGAGGCACUGUAUGGAAAGGUUCGGCAACAGGACAAAGAGAUAAAAAAGAAACAGCAGCAGGUAGAGGAGGAGCAAGCGAGGGUCAAGGAAUUGGAGGAGGCGGUCGCACUAAGGGACAGGAAGUGGGACUCUUUGGCAGAGGACUAUGGCAAAAAGCUAGCCAAAAUGAGAAAAGAGAUCGUGGAGCGCGGUGGCCUCUGCUCUUGGCUGCAGUGUGCAUUCGACGAAAUACGCUUCAAGUGGAAAGCAGCAGAAGAGAAGGAGAAGCUCAAGAUUGAGCAUCACCAGAGGAUGCGCAAGGCGCGAGCCCAGGCACGGCUGGACGUCAUCGCGCGAGAGCGCAAGAAACGGCUUAUCCAGGCAUGCAUGGUAGCGCUGCAGGAGGAGUCCAUAGAGGGCCGGCAUGAGAAGCAUCUUGAAGAGCUUCGGCGAAGACACGAUGACGAGAUCCUGGUGAUGAAUGCACAGCUGGCGCAGGCUUUGGGCGACGAAGAAAAGGCCAAAGAGCUCGUCCAAGAGCAAGUGCGCCGUGCCGCUGGCUUGCUUGUCUUGCAUGCAAGCCAAGGCACGGGAACUGCAUGCGUCGAAGGGGGGUGGCUAGUCAGUGUGGUUUUUGUCCUGGGAGGGGCUUGA